UUGCCAAUUCGGAGAAGGCAUCGAGCUGAAGCCACAGGGCGAUCGAUGGAGGUGAGGUGAGGAGGAAGAAGAAGACGAGAUGGAGUUGGAGUGCACUUCACGCCACAUGAGGGAGAUGCUAUAAAAUCCCUUCUCCCUUUUCAAUUUCACGCCAACACCCAACCCCCUCUCUCUCUCUAUCUCUCUCCUCUCUCUCUCUCUAGCUCUAGCUCUAGCUCGUCGCCGCCAUGAACGUUCCAAGCAAAUGCAUGGCUCCUGCAAAGUAAAAAAAGAAGAAGAAGCAGCAGCUGCAGCUUCUCUUCAGUAUCGAUCUUUAACUGUAUCGAGCUAGCUUAGCUUAGCUUAGCUCUCUGCCAUUAACUUGUGCUUCACUGAGCUUGAGCUAGCUAGCUUCUUGGCUGUGUGACUGAGUAGCUCUAGCUCCUCGUCGUCGUCGUCGUCGUCGUCGUCGUCGGCGUCGGUGGUGGUGUGAAUUGAUAGAAUUGAUACGAUGGAGAGGGCGGCUGCGGCGGCGCCGGUGGUGGUGAGGCAUGGAGGAGUGGUGUUGCCGCCGGGGUUCAGGUUCCACCCGACGGACGAGGAGCUCGUGGUGCAGUACCUCCGCCGCAAGGCGUUCGGCCUGCCGCUCCCCGCCGCCGUCAUCCCCGACCUCCACAACCUCUUCAAGCUCGAUCCCUGGGACAUUCCUGGUGCGAGCAGCGACGGGGACAAGUACUUCUUCGCCGUGCGGCCACCUGCGGCGAGGGGGAGGAGGCAGCAUGUGACGGCGAGCGGUGGGUGCUGGAAGCCGGCGGGCGGGCGGGACAAGCCGGUGGUGGUGGCCCGGUGCGGCGGGAGCCACCUCGUCGGCGUCAAGAAGGGCAUGGUGUUCGUCCCACGGCAAGGGAGGAAGGCACCGGCGGCGGCGGCGGCGGCCGCCGGCGGUGGCUGCUGGGUCAUGCACGAGUACAGCCUCGCCCUGCCGAUGCACAAGAAGGGUUGCUUGGCUGAGGCUGAAGAAUGGGUAGUGUGCCGGAUAUUUCAGAGGAGCAGCAGCGGCAGCCGGUCGCCGAGGAGGCCUGACAACGACGUGAGGCGAACGAUGCCGGCCGUCGCCGAGCUCGGCCGGUCGCCGUCGCCAUCGUCGUCGUCGUCGCAAUCCAGCUGCGUCACAAGCAGCUCCGACCAGGAAGAGGUCAGCAGCGGCUAGCUAGCUGAAGAAGAAUGCAGGCAGCAGCAGCAAGCAGCUAAGCUGCCUCUCAAAGAGAGGCUUGAGUGUUAGCCUAGCUAAGCAUAUAUAUUUAUAGCCGGCCAAACCCUCUGAAAGUGAUCUGCAUCAAUGCAUGCCCCCCUUUAAUUUCUUCUUCCUCCUUAAUUAUUUUUUCCCAACCAUGUAAUGUAAUGUAAUUUAAUGUAAUGCAGUGUAAUGUAACGGGAAGGAAGCACUGAAUUAAUCAAAUUAAAUUAACAAAUGAAGAGUGCUCAAAAGUCCAAGGAAGCUUCUAAGGUUCAGGAGCCAGAUAUUAUCUACUUAAUUAAUUAAUUAUGGGCACAUAUCUGUAGUUGCUAGCUAGCUGCAUAUGCAUCUCGUCGUUGUCGAUCCAUUUGUAACUUGCAAGUUGUGUUGGUGUAAUAUUGUAAUAUUUUUCUCCGAUGGUUGAGAAAUUAAUCUGAAAUCCAUUAUAGCAAUUAA